AACCCAGGCCCUCCGUCUUUUCCCCUCCUCGGCAUCUCGCCUCUCCCGAAGCUUCCGCCUCCCCCGUCUCUCUCUAGGGUUUUGCGGCGAACCCCAGCGCCGAUCCCCGGCAGCAGCAUGGACGUGGACUGCGAGGUCUCGGCGGCGGCGGCCGCGGCGGUGACGAACGGGCUGGGCGGCGGGGAGCAGGCCGCCGCGGCGCCGCCGGUCUCCGCCGACCAGCUCGACGUGGAGGCGUACGCGGCGCAGUACUCGGGCCGGACCCGCGUGGCGCGGCUCCUCUUCAUCGCGGAGCGGUGCGGGGUGGAGGCGAUCCAGCUCGAGGCGCUGCGGAUGGCGCACGACGAGGCCAGGGCGCGCGAGGACACCGUGCUCUACCUCGACGCCGUCCUCAAGAUCAACGGCCGCCUCGGCCCGCGCUACCGCCACGACCAGGCCUGGGUCGACUCCGUCAACCGCCGCGCCGAGCAGCGCAAGGAGAAGCUCGAGACCGAACUCAACGGCUACAGGACUAACCUGAUCAAAGAGAGCAUCAGAAUGGGUUAUAACGACAUUGGUGACUUCUUCUAUGCUCAUGGUCACCUUUCGGAAGCCUUCAAAAGCUAUAUCCGGACACGGGACUAUUGCACCACUUCCAAGCAUAUAGUUCAAAUGUGUAUGCAUGUGAUUCUGGUUAGCAUUGAGUUGGGACAGUUUGCACAUGUUACCAACUAUGUCAGCAAAGCAGAGCAAACCCCAGACACGUUGGAUGCUGUCAUUGUUGCCAAGUUGCGAGCAGCUGCAGGAUUGGCCAACUUGGAGACAAAGAAAUACAAACUUGCUGCCCGCAAGUUUCUUGAGACAGGACCUGAACUAGGAAGCAACUAUUCUGAAGUCAUAGCUCCGCAAGAUGUGGCUGUUUAUGGUGCCCUUUGUGCACUUGCUUCUUUCGAUCGUUCAGAACUUAAGAGCAAAGUUAUUGACAACAUAAACUUCCGUAACUUUCUUGAGCUAGUGCCUGAAGUAAGGGAGCUGGUCAAUGAUUUUUAUGCAAGUCGCUAUGGAUCAUGCUUGGAGCAUCUUGAGAAGCUAAAGCCGAAUCUCCUUCUGGAUAUCCAUCUCCGUGAGCAUCUUGGGACUCUGUACAAUGAUAUCCGCCACAAGGCUAUCAUACAGUACACGCUUCCGUUCAUAUCUGUGGAUCUCAACACAAUGGCUAGUGCCUUCAAGAGCUCAGUGUCCAUGCUGGAGAAAGAGCUGGCUGCACUGAUCACCGAGAACAAAAUACAGGCCCGGAUCGACUCCCACAACAAGAUCCUGUAUGCGAGGCAUGCUGACCAAAGAAACGCAACCUUCCAGCGGGCCCUUGAGACGGGCAAUGAGUUUGAGAGAGAUAUCAAGGCCAUGCUCCUGAGAGCCAACCUCAUCAAGCACGAUUUCAACCAGAAGAACUGGCCUGGACAAAGGAAGAUGAACUUGUGAGCUCCGAGUUAAAUGCUAAAAGGUGGCUGUCUCCUCCUCCGCUUGGAAAUACGGUAGUUGUUUUGGGACAAAGGGUGCAGUGGCACGUUGAGAGGUUUCGGUGAAGUGCCUUGAUGGCCGAACAAUCAACUCUGUUUUUCUUCUUUCUGUUGGCUCUUAUUAGGUUAUGAAUGUUGCUGGCACAAACGGUUUAUGAAUAGGUUUUGCAUCUGGAGAUAUGAUAUAAGUACCUGGCUGCCAUGUUCA